CUCGCGGCGAGUCCCCAGGCACCUCUAACCGCCCGGCCCCGGGAAAGAGGGCGGAUCGCUAACGCCAACCGUCUCCCAGGGCAACACCGCGACGAGACUUCCUGCAACUUCCCGAUUCGAAGGACGCCACCAUUAUACGUCAUUUCCUCUGCUCCUCAGUAGGAAAGUGGACUUGACUGUCGUGAACUAGUGGUUGAAGUUAGACAGUAUUGCGGCUCCUCCAUCGCUGAAGGCUGUUUUGGAAAGGUGACAGCGGCGCGAGUUCCGCCGGUGACUGACUUUUUUUGUAAACCCGCUGUUAGAGUUUCUUGUCGUUCCCCCCAUCCCCACGUUGUGCUGGUACGGUGGCCGAGGAGGCUCGUGCACGACGGAAGUAGUGGACGGUGGGCGUGCGCGGCCGGGCCAGAGGUGCACGUGGCGCGGGUACAGUAAGCAUGUCUUUUCGAGGCGGAGGUCGUGGAGGCUUUAAUCGAGGUGGUGGCUUCAGUCGCGGCGGCAGCAACAACCACUUCCGAGGUGGAGGCGUAUUAGGAGAGUUCCUGCAUCCCUGUGAAGAUGACAUAGUUUGUAAAUGUACUACGGAUGAAAAUAAGGUGCCUUAUUUCAAUGCUCCAGUUUAUUUAGAAAACAAAGAACAAAUCGGUAAAGUGGAUGAAAUAUUUGGACAACUUAGAGAUUUUUAUUUUUCUGUUAAAUUGUCUGAAAAUAUGAAGGCAUCUUCCUUUAAAAAACUUCAGAAGUUUUAUAUAGACCCGUAUAAGCUGCUACCACUGCAGAGGUUUUUACCUCGACCUCCAGGUGAGAAGGGACCUCCAAGAGGUGGUGGCAGGGGAGGUCGAGGAGGAGGAAGAGGCGGAGGUGGCAGAGGUGGUCGAGGUGGUAAGUUACUUGUGGGGAAAAUUCCCAGUGAGAUCUCAAAGUUGCAGCCAAUUCAUAUAGUCAAUUUAACUUUGUAUAUAGGAAAACUUCCCCUAUGUUUGUUUUAUUGUUUUAGAAAAGCUAUUUUCAAAUCUUGUCACGUUGCCAUAGUAAUAAUGCUUAGUUUCAAUAACUUAUAAUUUUGAGGGAUUUUAUCUCUAUAGGGUUAUUAAUGUUUUGUUGAACAUUUUAUAAAGUAUAAGAUUAUUCUGACUAAAUUUUAGUUUUUUAGUUAAUAUCACUGGGCUUUGAAUAUAUGCUGAGAGCUUGUUGUAUUCUUUUUUUUUUUUUUUUUUUCCCCACGGAGUGAAACAAUCUUUUUAUUUCCAAACUCACUCGGGGCUAACCUCCCCCAACACUAACAUAUCAACAGCAUCUCUAACAGGGUGUAGGACAGAGGUGCAGACCUAAUAAAAGAUUGUCUCCCCCACAAAGGCUUAAAACAUAUAUACACAUAUACAUCUGCAGAAGUAAAAUAGCAAAAUUCACCAGUGUUGGAAAAAAAUCUCCAUGUGAUUUCAGUCCAUAAAAAACAGCAAUUAGCAGUCUGUGCUGCCUUAAAACCCCUAACUCAGGAGACACCAGGGUUCUGAGAAAAGCACUUCCUCUC